AUGACAACUACGCUUUCUACUGAUAUCGAAGCCGGCCACGGCGAGAACAGCAUCCCCAAAACGACGUCUACUCCUCCCAUGAACCUAAAAAUUAGGUCCAUCCUUCAUAAAUGGGGCUUGUAUCCACAGGCCGCUGCUACUUUGCAACCGACGGAUCCGGUAAACCCUUCAAGUGUCCGAUCCGCAGACUACGUCUAUAGUUACGACAUCAAUCGGUACCCCGAAGGCUGGUCACGCCUAGCCGCCGAGCAAGAGGGAUUCGAGAACACUGCGAUCCACCGAAAGUUUGGCUAUCUAUUGCAACGAUGUCUUCUAGACUCCCACUACAGACUUGCCGUCUUGGCAAGGAGACUGUUCGAGUUGGACCAUCAAAAGGCUCGUACCAGAGCGCCAGAUGAUCUCACAGAGAACAUACCGACCGCAGAAGAUCUAGAAGACGGUCUAGCUGAAGGGCAAGGCCUGGCGGAACAAGCCUCACUUCUCAGCAAGGAGCAGGACUACAGCCUCCCACAGAAGAUAUCUCAACUCCUGCAGGAGAUAUGGCCUCUCCUAAACAACCACCACCAGAUGAUGUUCAACGAGAGGACCCUACGAUCACUCCACGAAGUACGAGAGCCCGAGUUCUGGAACCGAUGUUACAAGAUUAAAGAUGACGGUUACCUGAACGAGGAAGAAAUGGAGUAUCUGAGUCAUCCGAACGAUUUCGUCAGCACGGCGACGGAUCCGCUAUGGCGGACGAUCACAGGAUGGAUGCACUUGCUGCCGAAGUGGCUUGUGUUGUUACUCUUCAAGGACAAUAGCACGGAGGAGCAGAAGUUUGCGGCUCCUCUAGUGACGGGACUCAUGGAGAUUUUCUGCAAAGGACUUGCCAUACUGGUCUACGCAGUCGUCCUGUUGUUGCCGGUCAUAAUUCUCUACAUCUUCCCAGGCAUCAGCACAGCAGGCGCCGUAUGUCUCCUGACUAGCUUCACCCUCCUGUUCAUGGCUAUGAUGUUUAGUCACCAAGGGGCCACCAUGCUGGUCGUACUCGUGGGGUCUUUAGCUUAUGCUGCCGUCCUCGUCGCGUUUCUGGCCAAUCUUCAAGAGUGA